AUGUUAAUGAAGAACGGAUUGGUUUUGCAUGCCCCAUUCACGCUCAACGGAACGAAUAUCUCCGAUUGCUCCAGUUAUAUCCAGCUUGGUCGGGAAAUCAAUAUGGUGAACGACUUAGCUCCAGAGUUGAGCAGAAGGAAACGAGCGGGUUGGGGAGCUUUCAAGAGCAUCGAGGAUUAUAGUGGUGAGAACAAAGAACAUCCGACUCCGUGCCCACCUUUUCGACUCAACGGUACUUUCUGCGUUAACGUAGAUCAUCUAGAUCAGCACGACAUUUACACAUUGGAGAUAUUACCCGAUGGUUGUUCAAACUCCAUUCUAAUUCGUCUAGCACAUUGCACAACAUGGCCAGAUAAAGCCGUACCAGGCAGUGGUCGUAUGGUUCUUCGUCUGUUAAAGUGGAUGCAGGCACUUGAUGCGUUGGCGUCUGUGGCGGUGAUCAGCGGAGCCGGUGUAGGACGAGCAGGUACAUACCUUGCGAUAGAGCAAGUUUGCACUCGACUGUUUAAAGGAUUAGAUGCUUCGGCAAAAGUGCCAAAGUAUCGCAACGCCGUGUCGAAAUUCCACAGUGAAUUAAGUCAAGUAAUGUAA